UACGGGUGUACCGUAAGUGAUGGCCAUUGUCUGGUCGGGUAUAAAACCCUAUGAUCUUUGUGAACUUGUCAGUCGAUUGUAACAAGUCCAGAAAUAAAGAUUGAUUUAUACAUCACAAAUUUGGCGACGAGUAAGCGCCACGUGUUUAGUGAAAAAGUGUAAAAAGUUGGUGAAAAAAUGCCUAAUGAGCAACAAGAGUCUGGUGAGAGAGUGAGUGUAGGUGCUAUUGGCAGCAUAGAGAAAUUUAUUCCGGAAACUGAUCAAGAUUUUGAGGAUUAUUUGGAGAGAAUGGGACACUUCUUCGAGUUAAACAACAUUACAGAGGAUAAGAGGAAAAAAUCUGCCUUUAUCACUUUGGCAGGGCCAAUAUGCUUGAAGAAACUGAAAGCAGCUAUUCAGCCAGCCUUAAUCUCAUCAAAAACGUACAAAGAAAUCACCGAAGUACUCAAGAACAUGUUUGCACCUAAGCGCAGUGUGAUGGCAGAGAGAUUUAAGUUCUAUGACAGAAGACAGAAGGAGGACGAAAACAUUUCUGAAUUUGUGGCGGAGCUGCAAAUAUUAGCGCAGAAUUGUAAAUUCGAUUCAUUCCUCCAGAGCGCUCUUCGGGAUAAAUUGGUAUGCGGAUUGAGAGACAAGCGUAUCCAAGCAAGACUUCUGGACCACGACAGGGAUUUUGAUGAAAGUCUUAAAUUGGCUUUGAGUAUGGAGUUGGCGCAGAAAAAUGUCGAACUCAUGCAGCCUUCCACUUCGACCAUUGGGAGAGUAGGACAGAGGUCCUAUCGUGAUAACAGAAGAUUCAGAAAUCGUCAGCAGAAUUAUCGACGUGAUGAAAAAAAUUCUUCAGAGAAAGUAAAAAAAUCAACGAGAAAGAGAAGCAAAUCUCCUAUUAAAUGCUUCAAAUGUGGAGAAUGGUCAUAUCAUAUGGCAGCUGAUUGUCCCGCUGGGAAGAAAAGUAAGAGAGAGAGGGAGGUAAAGCUCAUCGAGUCGGAGUACAGCAGCACUGAGUCAGAAGAGGAUCUGGAAAAACAAGUUCACGCAAUGAGAUUGGGAGCGCUAUUGAAAGAGUCAUCUCUAGCUGGACAAAGCGACAAGAGGGGUACCGUACAACAACAUGCCAACAGCAGUAGAUGGGGUUUCGCCGAUGUCCAGACUGCUCAGUUAUACUCCAAGGACCCUCUACCGGAUUAUGAAUCCGAAGAUGAUUGA